AUGACUUUGACUUUAUCAAAACUUAUUAGUCAUCCCCCUUUCUCCAAUAUAUCUGGCCGUUCGAUUAUUGCUCGUCGUAAUUUGUUCUCACAACGUUUACGCAUACCUUAUCCGUCUAAUUCCUUUACAUUUCCGUUUUCAACCAUGACAACUAAGUUAAUGAAAGCCGUUCAAAUUACAAGAACGGGUGGACCUGAAGUUUUAGAGUAUUCGGAAAUUCCGUAUCCCAGCAUUACGGGACAAGACGAUGUUGUUGUUAAGAAUUUCGCCAUUGGGAUCAAUUACAUUGAUACUUAUCAUAGAUCAGGUCUUUAUAAACUAGACCUUCCCACAGUCAUUGGCAGAGAAGGUGCUGGAAUUGUAGAAUCCGUUGGCGAAGGUGUAAAAGAUGUUUGUCCUGGUGAUCAUGUGGUUUUCCUUGGAGCGCCAAGUUAUGCGGAAUAUACUACCGCUAAUGCAAAAUAUGUUGCAAAAUUACCGGAAGGAAUAGAUUUUAAGCUUGCCGCUGCUUCACUUCUUCAGGGUUUAACUGCAUGGACUUUAGUUACGCAAUCUUAUGCCGUACAAAAAAAUGAUUGGGUUCUUAUCCAUGCAGCCGCAGGAGGGGUAGGACUUCUUCUUACACAACUUUCAAGAAAACUCGGUGCCAAUGUAAUCGGAACGGUUUCAACUCCAGAAAAAGCAGAAAUAGCAAAAGCUGCUGGAGCAGAUCAUAUAAUCAAUUAUUCUCAUCAAAAUGUGAUAGAAGAGGUUCAAAGGAUCACAAAUAAUCAUGGAGUACAUGUCGUUUAUGAUGGGAUCGGUGCUAAUACCUGGGAAACAUCCUUAGCUUGUGCGCGAAGGCUUGGAUCUAUGAUUUCAUUUGGAAAUGCUAGCGGCCCCGUGCCACCUUUUACAAUUUCAAGGUUGUCAGAAAAGAAUUUAAAAUUGAUGAGACCAAUAUUGUUCAAUUACCUCACAACGAAGGAAGAAUUUCAAAGGUACACCGCCGAAGUGCUUGAAAUGGUAGUUAACAAAAGCUUAGAAAUUAAAAUUUGGAAAACAUACAAAUUAAUUGAAGUUAAACAGGCCCAUAUAGAUUUGGAAGGAAGAAAAACUUCUGGAAAAUUGUUAUUAGAACCUUGA